GUUGGCUGGCUAAAAGCGGAUACAAAAGCCAUUCAGGCGAUACACGAGAAUGUCAUCACACACAAUCCACGUGUCAGUGUUAGUCACUUGGAUCAAAAUACAUGGAAUUUACAUAUAAAAGCAGUGUCGGAAGAGGAUCGCGGCGGUUAUAUGUGUCAGCUCAAUACGGAUCCAAUGAAAAGUCAGAUUGGCUUUCUGGAUGUAGUCAUACCACCAGACUUUGUAGCGGAAGAUACCUCUUCUGAUGUGAUUGUACCGGAAGGCAGUUCGGUCAAAUUAACAUGUCGGGCUCGCGGCUAUCCUGAACCAAUCGUGACAUGGCGGCGGGAGGACGGCAACGAAAUCGUGCUCAAAGACAACAUCGGCACAAAGACCAUGGUAUCCUCAUUUCGCGGCGAAGUGUUAAAGCUGACGAAAAUCUCACGCAACGAAAUGGGCUCAUACCUCUGCAUUGCAUCAAACGGUGUACCGCCGUCAGUUUCAAAGCGCAUCUCGCUCAACAUACAUUUUCAUCCUGUCAUUCAAGUACCGAAUCAAUUAGUUGGCGCACCGCUUGGCACUGAUGUGCAGAUCGAGUGUCACGUCGAGGCCUCACCAAAAUCAAUUAACUACUGGAUUAAGGACACUGGUGAAAUGAUUGUGUCCUCACUGAAGUAUCAUGUACAGGAAUCCUCUAAAUCCCUAUACGAAACAAAGAUGACAAUGAUUGUGCGUAAAUUCCAAAAGGACGACGUUGGCUCUUACCGCUGUAUAGCGAAGAACUCUCUUGGUGAGGUGGACAGUAGCAUAAGACUUUAUGAAAUACCCGGUCCAAAUCGUAAAAACCCAGCCGGCAAACACGGCGUUGGCGGCAACAACGACGCGGACACCAAUGACGUACUGAAAAUGAAACAAGUCAAAGUCACAUAUCAGCCAGACGACGAGGACCUAUACGGCUCAGCAGAGGAUUUCGAUGACAGCGAAUUGCCCUUGCCACCAUUAACGCCGAACAUCUAUUACACUAACGGUCAGAAACAGCCGACGCAUAGACCGGCCAUGUCCGGCGCUGGUAUAGGCGGCGGCAAUGGUGGCACAAAUGGUGUUGGUAAUGGUGGUGGUGCCUCUGAUGGUCGCCAUCAUCACCACAACUCAGCUGGCGGCACAGGUGGUGGUGGCAUUGGUGGCGGUGUCGGCGGUAUUGGCAACCUGGAUUUUGGUAACAUGGACGCCACCAGUGGCGGCCUCAGUAUUGUUAGUGGUUUCGCGGCAACUCUUUUUCGUGGCAUAACGCGCGAGCCUACAUUUCAACGCGGCGCUACUGACACAUUUGGCGGCGCAACCAAAGUACCCAACGCUAGGGACAAUAAGGAGCUGAGAGCGCCCACCACGGAUACACAACAUGGGCGCUUUGCGUCACUUUGGUCUUGGUGGUGGUGGUGGCAACAGCAGCUGGACAGCAGCUAUUAUCGUUGGCGUGGCCAUUGGCAGCAAGCGCUGCUCAUUUUGCUCGUUCCUAGUUUAAUCACUUCGUUCUGCUGGCAUUUAUUAUAA